UAUGAACAGCGGUCCCAAUGUCCUCUAUAACUCUCCUCGGUUGGUUUCAGUACUGAUGUGAUUUCAGUGCAUUCCUUCAACUGACACAUUUCUGCAGUAGACGAGUAUGCGUUCACGCUGGAGUUACAUUCACGUCUGGGUUUGCCUCUUCGGUCUCGGAGCGUUCAGGACUUUCGGCAUUCCCAGUAAUGAAGUGAACUUGCUGGACUCUCGCUCUGUAAUUGGUGACCUGGGGUGGGUCGCCUACCCAAAGAAUGGGUGGGAAGAAAUUGGGGAGGUAGAUGAGAACUAUGCGCCAAUCCACACGUACCAGGUGUGUAAAGUGAUGGAACACAACCAAAACAACUGGUUACAAACAAACUGGAUACUAUACCAAGGUGCCCAGCGAGUGUUUGUAGAGCUCAAGUUCACUCUUCGGGACUGUAAUAGUCUCCCUGGAGGUCUGGGCACCUGCAAGGAGACUUUCAAUGUCUACUACUACGAAUCCAAUGAUGAGGAGAAAAGGAAUAUUCGGGAAAGCCAAUUAACAAAAAUCGACACCAUUGCGGCGGAUGAGAGCUUCACAGAGCUUGAUCUUGGAGACAGAGUUAUGAAGCUUAACACGGAAGUUAGGGAUGUGGGUCCAUUGACCAAGAAAGGCUUCUACCUUGCUUUCCAAGAUCUGGGUGCAUGUAUUGCACUGGUGUCCGUCCGUGUCUUCUACAAAAAGUGUCCUUUAUUAGUCAGGAAUUUGGCCCUCUUCCCGGAUACUAUAACUGGGGCAGAUUCGUCUCAGCUUCUGGAGGUAUCGGGGACCUGCGUCAACAACUCAUUGGCUGAUGAACUUCCAAGAAUGCAUUGCAGUGCAGAAGGGGAGUGGCUGGUGCCCAUCGGGAGGUGCAUGUGCCAGGCAGGCCACGAGGAAGUUAAUGGCUCCUGUCAAGUGUGUAAGCCAGGGUUUUACCGAUCAGCUCUACAGACCAAAAGCUGCAGUAAAUGUCCUCCUAGAAGUUUCACCACGGUAGAGGCGUCUACUUCCUGUCAGUGUGAGCAGGGAUACUUCAGGACCGAAUCGGAUCCCACCAACAUGGCCUGCACAAAGCCCCCUUCCGCCCCACGUAGCGCCAUUUCCAACGUAAACGAGACCAGCGUCUUCCUAGAAUGGAUUGCUCCGGAGGAGACUGGCGGCAGGAAGGACGUCAACUACAACAUUCUGUGCAGGAAGAUCAGUGUAGAUCUGGGCCAGUAUGAGCCAUGUGGUAGCCAUGUGCGAUACCUCCCCCAGCGGACAGGCCUGAGAAACACGUCUGUCAUGGUUGUGGACCUCCUUGCUCACACUAACUACACCUUUGAAGUGGAGGCUGUGAAUGGGGUGUCAGAAAUAACUGCCCCUUUGCGCCAGUACGUCUCUCUCAAUGUCACCACCAAUCAAGCAGCUCCAUCUCCUAUAACUGUGGUGAAGAAAGGCAAGACGGCAAAGAACAGCAUUGCUCUGUCCUGGCAGGAGCCCGACCGACCCAACGGCAUCAUUCUGGAAUAUGAGAUCAAAUAUUUUGAGAAGGAUCAGGAGACCAGCUACACCAUCAUAAAGUCAAAGGAGAUGGAGAUUCUGGUGGAUGGUCUCAAGCCAUCUUCAGCAUAUAUCUUUCAAAUCAGAGCACGCACCUCUGCUGGUUAUGGAGGAUUUAGUCGCCGCUUUGACUUUGAAACCAGCCCUUACUCAGUAGCAGCGUCCAGAGAGCAGGGUCAAGUGCCCAUCAUUGCUGUAGCUGUUACUGUGGGCAUCAUCCUGGUUGCCUUGGUAACAGGUUUCUUGAUGAGUGGCAGACGCUGUGGCUACAGCAAAGCCAAGCAGGAUUCAGACGAGGAGAAGAUGCACUUCCACAACGGUCACAUCAAAUUCCCAUCGGUCCGCACAUAUAUCGAUCCCCACACCUACGAAGAUCCCAACCAGGCUGUCCAUGAGUUCGCCAAAGAGAUUGAUGUUUGCGGUAUCACCAUUGAGAGGGUUAUUGGAGCCGGUGAGUUUGGUGAGGUAUGCAGCGGUCUGCUUCGACUGCCAGGGAAGAGAGAGAUCCCAGUGGCCAUUAAAACUCUGAAAGCUGGUUACACAGAGAAGCAGCGACGGGAUUUCCUAGGCGAGGCCAGCAUCAUGGGCCAGUUCGAUCACCCCAAUAUCAUCCACCUGAAUGGGGUUGUCACCAAGAGUAAACCAGUGAUGAUCAUAACAGAAUAUAUGGAGAAUGGAUCACUUGACACAUUUCUGAAGAAGAAUGACGGUCAGUUCACAGUCAUUCAGUUAGUUGGCAUGCUGCGCGGAAUCGCUUCUGGCAUGCGCUACCUCUCUGAGAUGGGCUACGUGCACCGUGACCUCGCCGCCCGCAACAUCCUGGUCAACAGCAACCUGGUGUGUAAGGUGUCCGACUUUGGCUUGUCCAGAGUGCUGGAGGAUGACCCAGAGGCGGCCUACACCACCCGUGGUGGGAAGAUUCCUAUCAGGUGGACAGCACCAGAAGCUAUAGCCUACAGGAAGUUCACCUCAGCCAGUGACGUGUGGAGCUAUGGGAUUGUGAUGUGGGAAGUGAUGUCGUAUGGUGAGAGACCAUACUGGGAGAUGAGCAAUCAAGAUGUGAUAAAGGCAGUGGAGGAGAACUACAGACUGCCAGGUCCCAUGGACUGCCCGACCGCGCUCUAUCACCUCAUGAUGGACUGCUGGCAGAAGGACAGAAACAGCCGACCAAAAUUUGAAGAGAUUGUCAGUUUACUGGAUAAACUCAUUCGCAAUCCCAGCAGCUUGAAGAGUCUCGUCAACCCAUCUAACAGGGUGUCCAAUUUAUUAGUGGAGCACGGAAGUCCUGAGGGCUGUGUAUUCAGAUCGGUGGAGGAGUGGUUAGAGGCCAUAAAAAUGGGUCGAUACACUGAGUUUUUCAUGGAAAGUGGAUACACUUCUCUGGAAGUAGUCACUCAGAUGACCUUGGAAGAUGUAAGGAGAGUUGGAGUCAGUCUGGCCGGGCAUCAGAAAAAGAUUCUCAACAGCAUUCAGGAGAUGCGCGUCCAAAUGAUGAACGCCACACUACCCAUCUGAGAUCUGAAGAACUUCCAAGAGUAGCCUAGCACUUUCUACCAUGGACAACUAUUUAUUCAACAAUACUAUUUAAUGAAGGAAUUUGACUUUAAAGCUAAUGAACAAAACCGUCAGAUUGAUGGACAAACGGUUUACUGUUUCGUUUGCGCAAAGCUUCCAGACUAAGAUUUGACAGAGUUUUCAGGAGGAAUGACGUAGGGAAAAGUGUGGCACAUCUCCAGGUAGGAAUACUCCCUUGGAUCAGGUGUCUUUCUGGGCUGAAUGUAGAGCAUUUUUCCAUGACCUCAUUCAACAAUAUUAUUACCUCCGGAAUUCCAUAAGAGACUGCGAUCAGUUUCACGGAUGUUUUUCUUACACCAAGUUAACCUGGGGUGAAGUUCAUGCAGUACGACUGAAUCCAUAUCAUGGACUAAGGAAAAAUAUGGCAGUGUUUAACAAAGCAAUAGUAGAUUUUAAGCUUGAUGUUAAAGCAACAGUUCAUCCAAAAAUGAACUUGUUGUUGAAUCAUGUUGUUCCAAAACCAUAUUACUUGCUUUUUUCUGUGGAACACAAUAAAAUACAUUUUUCAUAAUGGACUGGUUGCUCUUUUACAUGUAAUCACAAUAAAUAGGGACUGCUUCAAAAAAGGUGCACAGUAGUCCAUUUAACUCUUUCAUUAACGAAUAGGGACAUUUCAGUCUGUUUCUCACUUAGCUAUUGUAUGGAUUCUGAAGACUUGGAGUAUAGUACAAGAGUCAUAUGGAUUACUUACUAUUCAUUGUAAUUGCAUGGAAAAGAGCGACCAGUACAUCAAUAAAAAUUCCUCCUUUUGUGUUCCACUGAAGUCUUUUGGUUUUAGAACUUUGUGAGGGUGUGUAAAUAAUGACAAUUUUUUUGGGGGGGGGGGUGAACUACACAAUUAAUUCUAUUUCGUUCUAAUUUGUUGCUUCCUUAUUUCAAUAAAAGUACAAAGCAAUGGGCCGGAUACUUUCUCCUUUUGCACAAUAUUCAGUAUGUGUCAUGAACAGCUAAGGACAUUUUUGUAAUUGAAAAUGCGACAUGCUUCAAAAAUGUAUUUUAAAUUCACUGAUGUUUUUAUGUUUUACCUGUAAAUAGUGUACAGCUGCGUAGAUUAAAUGGAGCUUAAAUGCAUCCAUCCAUCUUCAUGUGGGGUUGAUCAUUUAGUGCGUGGGUGGGCUUAACAUACUAUGUAUUUUCAGUCCAGUCAGUAAAUGUUUAUAUUGCCUCUUAGUGCUUCAAUAGAUAGAAAAAUAGUUUUACCAUUGAUGUGUGAACUCUCAUAUUUCUGAUACAUAUUCAUACCCAUCAUUUUGCCUUGCUCAGUUAUUUAACAUUUAUCAUGGGCUAUGUGGAUAUUUGCUCAGUCUGUCUAUUUGAAAAAUGGGGAAUAUUAAUUUUUUUUCUCAACAUCAAUCUCUAUGUACCACAUGUUUUUAUUAACAUUGGCAAUAGUUUUGACUGCUGCGUUUGUGUAGAAUCCAAGGCAGCUCUAUCGCAUAAAAAUUAUAUCACAAUAGCGAGAUUCUGCAAAAUCAGAUGACCUAGUUCAUAACACGUAUCGCAGCAAUUCCAAGGUGAAAUGUAUUAGGAAUUAGGUUAAUGAUCUAUCAAGUUUUAAAUCAACAAAAUCUACCCCCCCUACCCUAAACCUUAAAGUUAAACCUAACCGAUAAUAUCAUAAAAAGCAAACCACGUAAUUAUGUUGUGGUUCUAUGACAACUUUGGCUGACGUGUCAACAUUGUAAAUAGAGAACGAUGUUCUUGGCCCCCAAAAUUGUGUAGUUACAGCAUCUAAAAGCAAAGAAAAAAGUAUAAAUUAGUAGUUAACCCCUUAAACUCUGCAUUUUUGGGCUGCCGUCUGUACUUUGUCACACUCAAAUUUAAAAGCUCACUGUUCACACAUACUUUGGACAAAUUGCAAAAAAUACGUCUUUUUUUUCUUCCGGAAAACACUUUCCAUUACAAUAUACAGAUCUGAAAUAUAGGUGGCGCUUUAAUGUAUUUUAGCCCUCACAGAUGUGUUCGUCCAUAGACAUUCAGUAUAAUUUUCAGUUCAAGCACCACCCUUGUUGUUUCAUUAAAUAGCUUAGCCUCUCAGUGGACUAGAAGCUCAAUCUAGGUGUUGAUAGAAAGCAGAGAUGCUCCCCUUUGUGAUGAUAUAAUGAUUUGAUGAUUUGUUUGCAUGCUUUUCCUUCUGGAUGGCAUAUUUUGCUCUGGACAUCUAAGAUAUAACAGUGGAUUAUUCAGCCAAACAAGCUCACAAACAAGUAAUAAAUGGCAAAUGUGUUUAGAAAACCUCCUAAGGUAAAUGCAGAUAUUUGGGGCUUACAGCUGCAGUUAUCGGAGCAUAAAUUAGACAUUAGUAUUUGAUGACUUACAGAAAUCAUAUUUCACUUUGUGAUUCUUUUGAAAAUAUUUCAAACUGUCAUACAAGAGCAACAAAAGUAUCUGUAUAGUCACAUUCCUGAGGUUGAGACCUUUCAUUUGAUAUAUGCCUUUUCAAUUGAUGUGCUAUGUGAAGGACUUUUAUUUUUAUAUAAUAUUUAAACCCUAUUACCUCUGGGGGGUGCUAAUUUACAACACAAAUGUUUUGAGGCCUUAUUUUGUUAUUUUAAGUAACAUAAAUGCCGAAAAUAUGUUAUCUUUGAAAAGUUCAGAUUCUAAGCUUUGAAAUGAUACCUUAUAUGCCUGACUUAUGUGUACAUAGACUUUAAAGUUUUAAGCUAAAACUUUGGACCCGCCAGUUUUAGGGGUUGAGUAAAAAUGACAAUUACAUUUUUUCUGCACAUUACCGAUUAGGAUUAGGUUUAAGGUCUAGGGUUGGGAAGUAGGUUUUGGUGAUUUUGAAACCAAUUAACCUUAAAAACCUCAUCUGUUUGGGAGAACUUUUAACUUGCUUUUAGCACCACACAGUGGACAUUUCAUCUCGGAACUGCCACGAUAUGUGUAAUGAGUCAGAUAAUAUCAUUUUGCAAAAGACAGGGUUACUAAGUGAGUCUCAUGCUAUCUCAAGCCUUUUAUUGUAAGCAGAUUUAUUACUUCAGUUGUAUUUCUGGAACAUUUAUACACAGUGAGGGACGGGUCGAAAGCCUUAUCUGUUGUAAUCGACACCAUGUUACAUAUGUGGUACAUAGAUUUUAGGCUGCAGAAAACCCAUAAUAUUCUUUUAUUAUCUAUGAAUAAAAGCAAACUUUGAAUUUUACAAUACAGAGAUACUUAAGAAUUAAGAACCCAGUUUCAGGUAUUACUGUAAGUUUUACCCAUAUUCUAAGUCCAUAAGUGUUUAUUACAGCACAUUAUUAUCCAACUUAUACUUUUUUGAAUGGGCUACAAGAUUGUAAUAAAAAAGUUCUUGGGUAUUUCACUAAAAAUACCCACAUUCCCCCAAAAUCUCUUAGAAUUACUUGUAAUUCAGUGUAAGUAAUUUCAUGGUGUAAAUAUUUAUGAUUGAAAUUUUACAGUAAAGUUCAAGUCCCACCUGAAGUUUGAUCAUACCAAAUAGCAACAUUGCUGCAUAAUUAGUCAACUUAAAGUGACGAAGUGCCUGUGAUUAUCUGAUUACAUCAUACAAAUCUAAUAAUUUACUUAUCACAGUGCCAUCGAUCAGAAUUAAUGGUCAAAAAUCAACAAGUUAGUGACAAAUUGUGAGCCAGUUUUGAUUUGCACUUUCUUUACAACAAAUAUCUUCUCUGUUAAAAAAAAAAAUGGAAUAAUGAGUAUUCGAUAUUUGUUGCUAUGAAUGUUACUAUAAUAUUCUUGUAAAUGGUCUUAUAUGCAAUGCAGUUACCCUUCAUUCAGAAAACGUUCAGUAUUUUUUACUGAAAUUCACUUUAUAAAGUAAAGUGCAAACCACCAGCUUGUAAAAUGGGUGGACGUUUGUAUCCUUAUAUAACGGUGGUCACAGCUGUGCUUGUGUAAUGAGCAGCUUACUAUGAUAUCACUGUUUAAUUGCAUUGAUAAAGAGGACCUGUUUUCUGUUGAAGGGGGGAUUGAAAGGUAUGCUGAAAUUUGUUUUAAAGUUUUAUGUCAUUUAAGUUUGGAUUGCUACACGUUUUAACCCCAAUGUACUUUCAAUGUGAUUUCAUGUGUGAAUGUUCCGUGAAUUUGUAGCUGAAGAAAGGUUUCAUAUUCAUUACAGAUUGUACUGUAGAUGUAAAAUCAUUUUAGUCCAACCAACCCACACACCAUGCUGAGUAUUUUGAAAAGUUUAGAUGUUUUCAGAUUUGUGGCUGUUCUUUAGUUAUUGUAAAGUGAUAUUUCUUGAUAAUCAUCAGUCAUAUCUGCCAAAAUUACAGUACACAACACAUGAAUAGUUCCAUCAUGUUUUAAAAGCAUGUUGCUCAAUUAGCAGGAUAAUUGCUCAUAAAAUGUAAACGGUAUCUGCAUAACCUUUCAUUUAAAUCAUGAAAACAAAACAGAGCACAAUUACGGUAUGUCUUAUGUUUGAAAUUUAUAAUUGUAUUGACACAAAAUGUACAUCUAAUACAUCUAAAUGUUCAAAAUAUGUCUAUACCACACUGAACUUUGGGGAGUUUAAAUAGCAAGCACAAGGUAGCGCAAUGUAUCCCUCUUACCAGUGGCAGCCCAUCAGAGGAGGCAUCUCCCUCAUAAAACAUAACACCAAAAGUGAUCAAAUUAAUAGUUGUUUUAAUCAGUUUACCUACUAACAUAAAUAAAAAUAUUUAGGUGAGUUUAUAUCACCUUAUGAAUCGGCAUGAAUGUCAGAAGAAGCUGAUGGCAUAAAGCCUUCUCUCGUUAGUAAACUCUCUCUUUCUUAGCGUUUGUCCCGUGUAGGUGCAGGAUCUGCUUUGUGAUAGUCCACAUAUAUAUAUUUGAUUUGGCACAAGUUUUAAGCCGGAUGCCCAUCCUGACGCAACCCCCAGUGGCUGGGGGACUCUCACUCUCACUUAACCUUAACCAAUUCACUUACCCUACAUAUUUUUGGACUUGUGGGGGAAAUCGGAGCACCCAGAGAGAACAUGCAAACUCCAAACAGAAAGGCCAAAGUUGAGCCGCGACUCGAACCCAGGACCUUCUUGCUCAUUCUUGUGAGGUGACAGUGCUAACCACUGAGCCAGCUUAAAACUGAAUGGCAGGAUCAUGUAUUAAUUAAGCACUGGAGGAUGAUGUUCCUCUACACAUACUCUAUUAGGUCAGUAGAUGUCACCGUCAUUGCAAUGGGGAUUAAUUUGUAAAUAUUUGGAUUGAUCAUAGUCUGUAGAUGAUACUGCGGCAUUUGUUCCGUUCCUUUACAGUAUUGCCAAAAGUUAGCUUGUAAUUGGAAAGAUUAUAACACAUCAUUAGUUAUUAAGACACUUGUUUUAAUAUGUAUAUAAAACAUGAUAUUUAAACCCACUGCAAUCGUUUACUGGUGUGAACUUUCAAUACUGCUUUACAUAUUUGCCUCCCCAGAAAAUUGGACUGCGUGGACUGCCACUGCCUCUAACUUUUUUGUUAGAUCAUUAGACAUUUGAUAAAUCAACCACUCUCCACCCCUCUGCCCAAAAACUAGUCGAAAACUACUAAAGUGACAAAAUUAUCUUAUCUUAAUAUGGUGUAGAGUGCACCAACUAAUUUACAAACAUUCAUGCCAAUACAUAAAUUAUAUGCAUGGUGUUGAUGGGCAGCAUAUUCCAAAUGAAUUUUUAUCUGCAUAAUAAAUAUGUUGUUUAAAUCUUACAAACUACUGCAUAUGAUUAGAAUCAUAUUUUGUUCAAUUAACAAGGGAAAAUGUAAGAAAGCACAGAACAAUUUUACUGUUUUUUUUUUUUUUUUUGUGAAAAUUGUUUGUCUUACCUUAUCCAGUGUGUUUUGUUGUGUAAAUGUCUUUUGUAG